AGGAGGAGGGAGGGGAGGAGGAGGGGGAGGGGGGGCGGCGUCACCCCCAUCCCCGCCCUCGCCCUCCUCUCCCCCGCCCCUUCCUCUCCCAGCAACGGGGCCUUGGGAGGAGGCAGGCAGGCAGGCAGAGGAUGGAGACGGAGAUGCUCUCCGCACAAGAUCCAUAGAAGAAGAGGAGGAGGACGGCGCCUGCCCGGCGGAAGGAUGAGCGAGGAAACCAUCCCGGAGGAGGCCUCCCUCUCUUUGCCCCCCCAGAACCAGAACUGCGACCGCUUCUCCGACGACGACCCCGAGUUCCUCCGUCUCCGCAAUACAGCCGCUGGCCUCCGCCAGGACUUCAACCUGAUGGAGCAGAAGAAGCGGGUCACCAUGAUCCUGCAAAGCCCCUCUUUCAGGGAGGAGCUGGAGAGCCUCAUCCAGGAGCAGACGAAGAAAGGCAACAACUCCAACAUCUGGGCCCUGCGGCAGAUUGCGGACUUCAUGGCCAGCACCUCCCCCUCCGUCUUCCCCACGUCGCCCUUGAACCUCUCCACGGUGACGCCCGUCAACGACCUGCACGCCGCGGACUCUGUGGCCCUGGCCAAAGGGGAGCGGCUCAUGCGCUGCAAGCUGGCCAGCGUCUACCGGCUGCUGGACCUUUACGGCUGGGCCCAGUUCAGCAGCACCGCCGUCACGUUGCGCGUUAGCAAAGAGCAGGACCAUUUCCUGACCUGUCCUGUGGGCCUGUCGUGCCACGAAGUGACCGCUUCCAGCUUGAUCAAGGUGAACAUCCUGGGGGAAGUGGUGGAGCAAGGCAGCACCAGCUUCCCGGUGGACACGCGCGGCUUCGGCCUCCAUGCCGCCAUCUACGCCGCCAGACCAGACGUCCGGUGCAUCGUCCACCUCCACACUCCAGCCACCGCGGCAGUGUCGGCCAUGAAGCAGGGCCUCCUGCUGAUUUCCCACGAUGCCCUGCUGGCCGGAGAGAUGGUCUCCUUUGACUUCAACGGCGAGAUGGAGGACGAAGCAGACCGCGUGGAGCUGCAGAAGUGCCUCGGACCCACCUGCAAGGUCCUAGUGCUGCGGAACCACGGCAUCGUGGCCCUUGGAGACACGGUGGAGGAGGCCUUCUACAAGAUCUUCCACCUGCAGGCUGCCUGCGAAGUCCAGAUCUCGGCCUUGUCCAGCGCCAGCGGGGCGGAGAGCCUCAUCGUCCUGGAGCGGGAGAAGCACCGUCCGCACGAGGCAGGCUCCGUCCAGUGGGCAGGAAGCACCUUCGGCCCCAUGCGGAAGAGCCGCCUCGGGGAGCACGAGUUCGAGGCCCUGAUGCGCAUGCUGGACAACCUCGGCUUCCGGACGGGCUACGCCUACCGGCACCCGUUUGUCCAGGAGAAGGCCCGGCACCGGAGCGAGGUGGAGAUCCCGGCCACGGUGACGGCCUUCCUCUUCGAGGAGGAGGAGGCGGCGGCGGCCCCGCUCUCGGCCCUGCGGCAACACGCCCAGAAGCAGCAGAAGGAGAAGACCCGCUGGCUCAACACCCCCAACACCUACCUGCGGGUCAACGUGGCCGAGGAGAGCAGCCAGCGCACCAAGACCACCUGGAUGAAAGCGGACGAAGUGGAGAAGUCCAGCAGCGGGACGCCCAUCCGGAUUGAGAACCCAAACCAAUUUGUGCCUCUCCACACGGACCCACAGGAAGUCCUGGAAAUGAGGAACAAGAUCCGAGAGCAGAACCGGCAGGAGGUGAAGUCUGCCGGGCCCCAGUCCCAGCUGCUGGCCAGCGUCAUUGCCGAGAAGAGCCGGAGCCCGUCGAUGGACGGCCUCUUGUCUGACGGGGAGGCGAGAGGCGAGUUGCAGGCGGAGGCGCCCCUCGAACCUGAGCCCCCGAACCCCUUCAGCCAGCUCACCGACCAGGAACUGGAGGAAUACAAGAAGGAAGUGGAGAGGAAGAAGCUGGGCAUCGACGGCGAGAAGGACGCCGGCCUCAAGGAAGACCCCACGUCCAGCCCCUCCAAGGCCAGGGCCCCCCCCGCGCCCCCCUCCAAGCCUCCGGAAGGCGAGGAGGAGGAGGCCGGCCGGAGGGUCGACCCGGUGGUCAACGGCAAGGAGGAGGAUGCGACGGCAGAGGAUCUCCUGAGCAAAGAGCUGAGCCAGAUGACCACCAACGCCGACACCACUGCCGCCACCGACCAGGAAGCGCCCAAGGACAAGGCCGUGUCCCCCGACGGCUCGCCCUCCAAGUCCCCCUCCAAGAAGAAGAAGAAGUUCCGGGCCCCGUCCUUCCUGAAGAAGAGCAAGAAGAAAGAGAAGGCCGAGUCCUGAGCCACGGCCGCCUCGUCCGCCACUGCCGCCCCCGAGUCUCGCCUCCUCCGCCUCCGCCUCCGUUUGGCCCUCCGUCACCGCCUUCCCCCUUCCGCCACUCUCGGGGAAGUUCGGUGGAGGAGAGUCGAGGGGCCGGGGUGGCUCUGGCGGGCUUUGGGGACGUGGCCGCAGCGGGAGAACUCGGCCCAGCCUUCCUCCUUCUCCUUCCGGCCACCCAAGGAUUCGAGGCGGGGGCGGGGUGGGGGGGGCGGGGCGGGGAGAAGGACCUCCGCCGUUGAUUCCCCGGCCUCUUUGGGCGCACCUUCCUCCCUCUGUCCGUUUCCGUGGACAUUGGAAAUAAUGGGGGCAACGGCCUCCGUGGCCUCUGGAUGCCCUGGAGUGGCACCCGGGACCCUUCCUCUCUCUUUGGACGCUUCUCCAAAAGAAUGCCUUCGGUGGGAAUUGCUCCAAACUCUUUGCCAUGUUUGCUGCAGGGCAGCUCUAUGGGAUUUCCUUGGGCGCGAAUCUGGCAUCGGGGCCAAAAGGGGGGAAUUGUGGGGUAUUCUGUCCAGGUUGCUCUGUCCAGGUCCCUUCCUUCCCUCCCUUCUUUCUUUCCUCCUUCCUUCCCUCCCUCUUUGUUUCUUUCUUUCUUUCUUUCUUUCUUUCUUUCUUUCUUUCUUUCUUUCUUUCUUUCUUUCUUUCUUUCAGCUUAAGCAGGAGAACUUCCCAAAGAGUCGUGCCACAUUUUCCUUGGACUUUUCCACCUUGUGUUCCAAGACCACUCAGGCCAACCAAAGCCUCUCUGUCAGGUUUACAACCUGGAGCAAAAUUGGGUGCUAUCCCCAUCGCUUAGGCCGAGCCAGCUAUUGAUUUAUUUUUAAAAUGGGAAACCUGAUCCAAUUUUGGUGCUGUCCCACUCGGCCCUUGGACCCAUCAUGGGCUUUGCAGAGAGUGGCCCUUGGAUUCAUUGCUCUGUAAAGCCAGGCGGAUCCAUGCAGACUCAAUCGUGCCCAAGCCAUGUUUGCGUGGCUGCCGAGUGCACUAGAUUACAGCACAGACGUUGCUUUUGGGCAAUACAGGCAGAGAUUGAGGUUUCUGUCCAAGGUGCUGAAUGCUAUUCUCACUCUAGAUUCACCUUGGAAAGUCUAUGACAAAAGUCAUAGCCUAGAAGCAGUUUGACGCUGCGUUAACUGCCAUGGAAUCCUGGGAUUUGUUGUUUGUUGCGGCACCAGAGACACAGGUGGGCAAACAUCCCACAAACUACAAAUCCCAGAAUGCAUAGCGUCAAACCAUGGCAGUUAAUGUGGCUGUAAUAAAUCGCGAUAUAUCAUGGAUUCCUGGGCAUGAGAAUGAUUGGCCUCCACCUUGACUUUGACCAGGGAUGAUGGGACUCAUAGCAUGGAAGAUUUGGCAAGGAUAGGAUGGCAAUCCCAUAGGUAUCCCCUUCCUUGCGCAUCUCCCUUUGUUGGCGGACUGCCUUGCGAAGGAACGGCAGAGGAGCCUCUUUGGUGCCGCGAUGGCAAGGCCGGCGGGCGCAUGCCAUGGCACGCAAGGGAAGCGCAUGCGGGGAACAGGCAAGGCGUUAAACGUCACCCUUCGCUCCCGUCACAUAAGUGCUCCUUGGUAAGUCUGGAACCGCGUUCGAAUCACACGCACUGCCAGCCCUCGGCGGCGCCUCAUCGUCACCAUCGUAACGAGAGGCUUGUGAGGCCGCGUCUUGCCUUCGACUGCCCUGCUGCGGGAUCGUGUCGUGCUUGAAAAGUGUUUCCAUAAGUGGCUGUGUAACUUUGGCUGCAACUGUACAUUGCUUCAAAAGAGCCAGUGUUUGGGUGGAGAAUGUGCUUCGUGUGCAGGAAUGCUCCUCGUAUUUCAUUGGCCGAAAGCGCAGAAAAGGCCGAGAUGGAUUGGCUGCGUCUACACUGGGGAAUGGUGCAGGUUGACACCGCGUUGGCUGCCAAGACUUAGGCCCCUUCUCCAUUGCCAUAUAAUCCAGAUGUUCAAAUCAAAUAACCCACAUUAUUUACUUUGAACUGGAUUACAUGAGUUUACACUGCUAUAUAAUCCAGCUCAAAGUGGAUAAUCUAGAUCUUAUAUGGCAGUGUAGAAGGGGCCUUAGUGCUAUGGAAUCCAGGGAGUUGUAGUUUGGCGAGCCGCAGCAUUCUUUGGCAGAGAAGGCAAUUUUUUUAUUUAUUAUUUAUUUAUUUACAGCAUUUAUAUUCCGCCCUUCUUUCUCACCCCGAAGGGGACUCAGGGCGGAUCACAUUACACAUAUAGGCAAACAUUCAAUGCCUUUUAACAUAGAACAAAGACAAACAAACAUAGGCUCCGAGCGGGCCUCGAACUCAUGACCUCCUGGUCAGAGUGAUUCAUUGCAGUGAUUCAUUGCAGCUGCUCUCCAGCCUGCGCCAUAGCCCGAGCCCCGAGAAAGUAUAAAUGCCAUGGCUCAAGGCUGUGGAAUUCCGGGACUUGUAGUUUUACAAGGUCUUUAGCCUUCUCUGUCAAACUGCAAGUCCCAGGGAUCCAUAGCUUUGGGCUGUGAAAGAUAAAUGGUGCCAAAUUGCAUUUGUUCUGUAUAGACUGAUUCGCCUUGUAUAUGUCAUUGUGUAGACACGAGAUCCCAGCACACCACCAUUGCAGCACUUUGAUGCCGCUUCAACUGCCAUGGCAACCUCCACUGAAAUGGGAUUUCCAGUUUAUGUUGGGGCAAAAAGAUGGUUUUAGGCAGUCGUACGACAAGAGAAAAGGCCAGCUAAAAGUCCCAGCGGCACAAGGCACCUUCCCAUUAAAUAGGUGGUCAGUUGCCCAUCCAGACAUACAGGAGCCACCCCACUGUAGAAUUAAUGCCAUUCGAUGCCCUUUUAACUGUCAUGGCCCAGUGCUGUGGAAUCCCAGGAGUUGUAGUAUCGUGAGGCACCGCCAGUGAAGGAUAAAAAUCUUGGAAAGCUACAACUUCCCAUGACUCCAUAGCACCGAGGCAUGGCAAUUAAAUUGGCAUCAAACUGCAUUCCUUCCACAAUGUUGGCGCGUGUCUUCUACCUCAAAGGUACCGACAGAUAGGCAAUAUGGUUUGGAACUGGAGACCAGAAUCCCCUUCUCAGCCAUGGACGCCCACUGGAAAGUCACAUGCUCUCAGCCGCGGGGAGGCCCUCCUCUGACCAAAUCUUGCCAAGAAAACUCUGUGUCUUAGUGCCACACGUCAUAAAUGACAUGGCACAAACACCACUACCGUAGAAACAAUCGUGAGCGGGGAGGAUGCCCGUCACCUUUGGGAACGGCCAAAGCAGAUGGCAUUUCUGCAUUUCUUAUGGUGCUUCCACAAACCUGUGGCUUCAUAUCUGCCCCCCGUCUGCACACAUUCCUACCCAUUGUUUUUAGGAGCAAGUAUGUUUCUUGGCCAGGGAUGUAUGCGUCCACACUGAGAAUGAAUGCGGUCUGGCAUCACCUUAUAGAAUCAUGGGAGUUGUAGCUUUACACGAUCCUUAGCCUUUUCUGCCAAAUCGACACCUGCCUGGAUCUCGCAGCGCUGAGCCAGGGCAGUCGAAAGUGGCGUCAAAGCUGCGUUAAUUGUGCAGUGUAGAUGCAGCCUUGGACAGACUACUCAAUGGAGGAAUAGCCGUCUUUUCCUUCUUCAGUCUGAUUUGUUGCAUUUCCUGGAGAAUCACUUGAGUUAGUGGGGAAUGGAGACACUUCACCUCACGCUGCAACUUCAUGGCAUGAAGGGCAUAAUUAUUCAUUUAGAAGCAGACAUCUGCUUGCCGGAGCCUUGUUCUCGUAAAACAGUCAACUGUGUGAUCUGGUCCGAUGCAAAACUAUUUAUCACCUGCCGAUCGUUGCCUUGAGCCCUGGCAGUUAAAGUGGUGUUGAACAGCAUCUAUGCUGCAGUGCAGAUCCACCCUCCGGUGUGCAAGACUCCCCUUUAGUGCAGGGGUCCCAAAGGCCUCCUCUUUGCUUCCCAAAAUCAGGAGCUGCCCCAAAACGCAGGAUAGAAUCGCAUUGCAAGGCUGAAAGCCCAGCAUCUGUGCCCGACAAUCGCUGCUUCCAAGUGCUGUUGGAUGUCACACCGACACAGGACACACUCCCCCUUUUGUGUGUUUGGAUAGAUGUUGUGACGUCGACCUUUGAGGGUCUUGUGUAAAUAAUACUUACCUUCCUGCAAUGUGCAUUGCGGCCCCCAAAGACCCGUUUUUCUUUCUUUCUGUGAUUUGCCCCCUUUUCGACAAACGAGCGCUCUCUUCCCUGGGCGCAUCUACACUGCAGAAGGAAUGCAGUUCGACUUUGCUUGGGCCCCCGUUGCUCAACGCGAUGGCAUGCUGGGAGCUGCCACUUGGCCCUCCUUGGCACCAGGCCUUGCAAACUACAGCUCUCGGGGAGCACCAAGGAAAAGACCCUGCGAAACCACAACUCCCCUGAAGCCCAUCACUUUGAGCCAGGGCAGUUUAUGUGGUGUCAAACUACAUUCAUUCCACAGUGUAGACUUCUGGCUGGUGUCCCUUUGAACUUUUAUAUCACUUCUUUUCUGUGUUUUUCCCACUCUCUGUUUCGGAAUUUGUUGCAGUGUUUGAGCGAUGUGCCGGCAGGCAAACCCUGUGCGCUUUGCCAUGUGCUCCUGCUGCUGUUGCUGCUGCAUGUGCCCAUUGAAAGGCAGUCUGUAUGCAAUGCCGCCGCCGCUCUUUCUCCUCUGCCUUCCUCUCCCUCCCUUUUUCUCCCUCCUCUUCCUCUGGACCGAAUGGCAUCUAAACGGCUCGGCUCCUUUCGAGGCGCUUUCUUUGGCCGGGUGCAAAGGUCUCCCCUGCUGCCGCUGCCGCUUCGUGUCCAGAUCCAAGACUCCUUUUCGAUGAAAAGCUUUUUGUCUCCUUUGAGUGCUCUAAAAAUAAAGACAAAACAAAACACAAAAAAGCAGAUGCAAAUAAACUUUCACCAGAACACUAAA